UCUCGCGCCCCGCGGCCGCUCUCCGCGUCCUCCCCCUCCAGAUGCCUGUUUGCUGCCCCUCCUCGCCGGGGGCACACACUGGCAGCGCCGGCCGCGGCCCGGCUCCCCCGCGGGGUCUGAGGACGGAGGCUGCUUCCCCCUCUUCGGCGGGGUUUUCCUCCCCGGCCGGAAUGGACUUUCAUUGAUUCCGCCUUACUCGUGUGUCGACUGACCUACCCCCUGGGCGUGUUUGUGGGACUUCCCCUUUCCCCCCUCCUGAACAUAUAGAUCUGCACACACAAUCUGUAAAAUGGAGAACGAGGUCUUCACUCCCCUUCUGGAGCAGUUCAUGAGCAGCCCCUUGGUCACUUGGGUUAAAACGUUUGGACCUCUGGCUGCUGGAAAUGGGACCAACCUGGAUGAGUAUGUGGCUCUGGUGGACGGGGUGUUCUUGAACCAGGUCAUGCUCCAAAUUAACCCUAAAUCGGAGAGUCAGAGAGUAAAUAAAAAAGUCAACAAUGAUGCUUCACUUAGAAUUCAUAAUCUAUCCAUUUUGGUGAAACAGAUAAAAUGUUAUUACCAGGAGACUCUGCAGCAGUUGAUUAUGAUGUCAUUGCCAAAUGUUUUAACCAUUGGCAAAAAUCCCUUUUCUGAACAAGGCACAGAAGAAGUUAAAAAGUUGCUUUUACUCUUACUUGGUUGUGCAGUUCAGUGUCAGAAAAAGGAAGAAUUUAUUGAAAAGAUUCAAGGUUUAGAUUUUGAUACAAAAGCAGCAGUUGCCGCACAUAUUCAAGAGGUGACUCAUAAUCAGGAAAACGUGUUUGACCUGCAGUGGAUGGAGGUGACAGAUGUAUCUCCAGAAGACAUAGAGCCACUCUUAAAAAACAUGGCGUCACAUCUGAGAAGACUGAUAGAUGAGAGAGAUGAACAUUCAGAGACUAUUGUAGAACUCUCUGAAGAGCGAGAUGGGCUUCAUUUUCUACCCCAUGCCUCUUCAUCUGCACAAUCACCCUGUGGUUCCCCAGGCAUGAAGCGAACAGAAAGUAGACAACAUCUCUCAGUAGAGCUGGCUGAUGCUAAGGCUAAGAUCCGAAGACUUCGGCAGGAAUUGGAAGAAAAGACUGAACAGUUACUGGACUGUAAACAAGAACUCGAGCAAAUAGAAAUGGAAUUGAAGAGGCUGCAACAAGAGAACAUGAAUUUGCUUUCGGAUGCUCGAUCUGCUAGAAUGUACCGAGAUGAAUUGGAUGCGCUUCGAGAGAAGGCAAUUAGGGUUGAUAAGCUGGAAAGUGAACUCAGCAGAUACAAAGAGAGACUACAUGAUAUUGAAUUUUAUAAGGCAAGAGUUGAGGAAUUAAAAGAAGAUAAUCAAGUUUUAUUAGAAACAAAAACCAUGUUGGAAGAUCAACUAGAAGGAACUCGAGCUCGUUCUGACAAAUUGCAUGAAUUAGAAAAAGAGAACUUACAACUCAAAGCUAAAUUGCAUGAUAUGGAAAUGGAGCGAGAUAUGGAUAGAAAGAAGAUUGAAGAAUUAAUGGAAGAAAAUAUGACUUUGGAAAUGGCACAGAAACAAAGUAUGGAUGAAUCAUUACACCUUGGCUGGGAGCUGGAACAGAUAUCCAGAACUAGUGAACUUGCUGAAGCACCACAGAAAUCUUUGGGGCAUGAGGUAAAUGAGUUAACAUCAAGUAAGUUAUUAAAGUUGGAGAUGGAAAACCAGAGUUUAACAAAAACUGUAGAAGAACUUCGGAGUACUAUGGACUCUGCAGAAGGCAGCACUUCCAGAAUCCUAAAGAUUGAAAAAGAAAACCAGAGACUGAAUAAAAAGGUUGAAAUUCUUGAAAAUGAAAUUAUUCAAGAAAAGCAAAGUCUUCAGAAUUGUCAAAAUUUAAGCAAAGAUCUAAUGAAAGAGAAAGCUCAGCUUGAAAAAACAAUUGAAACACUCAGAGAAAAUUCAGAGAGGCAGAUUAAAAUAUUGGAGCAAGAAAAUGAACAUCUGAACCAAACAGUGUCUUCCUUACGGCAGCGUUCCCAGAUCAGUGCUGAGGCAAGAGUGAAAGACAUUGAAAAAGAGAACAAAAUUCUCCACGAAUCCAUCAAAGAAACAAGUGGAAAACUAAGCAAGAUUGAAUUUGAAAAACGGCAAAUGAAGAAAGAAUUAGAGCAUUACAAAGAAAAGGGAGAGCGCACAGAGGAGCUUGAAAAUGAGUUGCAUCACCUUGGAAAAGAAAAUGAAUUGCUACAGAAGAAGAUAACUAAUUUAAAGAUUACUUGUGAAAAAAUUGAGGCAUUAGAACAAGAAAAUUCAGAGCUAGAAAGAGAAAAUAGAAAAUUUAAGAAAACUUUGGAUAGCUUUAAAAACCUUACUUUUCAGUUAGAAUCCCUAGAAAAAGAGAAUUCCCAACUUGAUGAGGAAAACUUAGAGCUGCGAAGGAGUGUGGAAUCUCUGAAGUGUGCAAGCAUGAAAAUGGCCCAGCUCCAGCUGGAGAACAAGGAACUGGAGAGUGAGAAAGAGCAGCUUAAGAAGGGCUUGGAGCUCAUGAAAGCCUCCUUUAAGAAGACAGAACGCUUAGAAGUUAGCUACCAGGGACUAGACACAGAAAAUCAAAGGCUACAGAAAGCUUUAGAAAAUAGCAAUAAAAAAAUCCAACAAUUAGAGAGUGAGCUACAAGACUUAGAGAUGGAAAAUCAAACAUUACAAAAAAACCUAGAAGAACUCAAAAUAUCUAGCAAAAGACUUGAACAGCUAGAAAAAGAAAACAAAUCAUUAGAGCAAGAGACAUCCCAACUUGAAAAGGACAAGAAACAAUUGGAAAAAGAAAACAAGCGACUCCGACAACAAGCAGAAAUAAAAGAUACCACAUUAGAAGAAAAUAAUGUAAAAAUUGGAAAUUUGGAAAAAGAAAACAAAACUUUAUCCAAAGAAAUUAGUAUAUAUAAAGAGUCUUGUGUUCGACUGAAAGAAUUAGAAAAAGAAAAUAAGGAGCUUGUGAAAAGAGCAACUAUUGAUAUUAAAACUUUGGUUACAUUACGUGAGGAUUUAGUGAGUGAAAAAUUGAAGACGCAGCAAAUGAACAAUGAUUUGGAAAAGUUAACUCAUGAGCUUGAGAAGAUAGGUUUAAAUAAAGAGCGACUGCUGCACGACGCCCAGAGCACCGAUGACAGUAGGUAUAAACUUUUGGAAUCAAAAUUAGAAUCUACUCUUAAGAAGUCCCUUGAAAUAAAAGAAGAAAAAAUUGCUGCUUUAGAAGCUCGGUUGGAAGAGUCUACAAAUUACAAUCAGCAAUUGCGCCAAGAACUUAAAACAGUGAAAAAAAAUUAUGAAGCUCUCAAACAGAGACAAGAUGAGGAAAGGAUGGUACAGAGCUCCCUUCCAGGCUCUGGGGAAGACAACAGGUGGGAGCGGGAGAGUCAAGAAACUACUAGAGAACUCCUGAAGGUUAAAGACAGGCUGAUUGAAGUAGAAAGAAAUAAUGCUACACUGCAAGCAGAGAAGCAAGCACUGAAAACUCAACUGAAGCAACUUGAAACACAGAACAAUAAUUUGCAGGCUCAGAUUCUUGCACUUCAGAGGCAGACAGUGUCAUUGCAGGAACAGAAUACCACUCUUCAAACGCAGAAUGCCAAACUUCAGGUUGAAAAUUCCACUCUUAAUUCACAAAGUACUUCACUUAUGAACCAGAAUGCACAGCUUCUAAUCCAGCAGUCUUCCUUAGAAAAUGAAAAUGAAUCUAUAAUCAAAGAACGAGAAGACUUGAAAUCUCUUUAUGAUUCUCUGAUAAAAGAUCAUGAAAAACUGGAGCUUCUUCAUGAAAGACAGGCUUCAGAGUAUGAAUCUCUGAUCUCUAAACAUGGAACCCUCAAGUCUGCCCACAAGAAUCUUGAGGUGGAGCAUAAAGACCUUGAAGACCGUUACAAUCAAUUAUUAAAACAGAAAGGACAAUUGGAAGAUUUAGAAAAAAUGAUCAAAAUGGAACAAGAAAAAAUGCUGGUUGAAAGCAAAAACCAUGAGAUGGUAGCUGCAGAGUACAAGAAACUUUGUGGUGAAAAUGAUAGGCUAAAUCAUUCGUACAGUCAACUUCUAAAAGAGACUGAAAUUUUACAAACCGACCAUAAAAAUUUGAAAAGUCUUCUGAAUAAUUCUAAAUUGGAACAAACAAGAUUAGAAGCUGAAUUUUCAAAACUGAAGGAGCAGUAUCAGCAGCUGGACAUCACAUCUACCAAGCUCAAUAACCAAUGCGAGUUGCUCAGCCAACUUAAAGGAAAUUUAGAGGAAGAAAAUCGCCAUCUACUCGAUCAGAUUCAGACACUAAUGCUACAGAACAGAACACUGCUGGAGCAAAAUAUGGAAAGCAAGGAUCUCUUUCAUGUUGAGCAGAGACAGUACAUUGAUAAAUUAAAUGAAUUGAGACGACAGAAAGAGAAAUUAGAAGAAAAAAUAAUGGAUCAAUACAAAUUUUAUGAUCCCUCUCCUCCUCGAAGGAGAGGCAACUGGAUUACUCUAAAAAUGAGAAAAUUGAUAAAGUCCAAGAAAGAUAUUAAUCGGGACCGUCAGAAAUGUCUAACAUUAACACCCACCCGCUCAGACUCCAGUGAAGGGUUUCUUCAGCUGCCCCAUCAGGACAGUCAAGACAGCUCUUCAGUAGGGUCAAACUCUUUAGAAGAUGGCCAGAUGCUGGGGACCAAGAAGAGCAGCAUGGUUGCACUGAAAAGACUGCCCUUUUUGAGGAACAGACCGAAGGAUAAAGACAAAAUGAAGGCCUGCUACCGUCGUUCCAUGUCCAUGAAUGACCUGGUGCAGUCCAUGGUCCUAGCAGGAGGACAGUGGACAGGUAGUACUGAAAAUUUGGAGGUCCCUGAUGAUAUUUCAACGGGUAAAAGGAGAAAAGAAUUGGGAGCUAUGGCCUUCUCUACUACAGCCAUCAACUUUUCAACUGUCAACUCUUCUGCAGCCUUCCGAUCCAAGCAGUUGGUUAAUAAUAAAGAUACUACAUCCUUUGAAGACGUAAGUCCACAAGGUAUUAGUGAUGAUUCUAGUACGGGAUCAAGAGUUCAUGCUUCAAGACCAGCCAGCCUUGAUAGUGGCAGAACAUCCACUAGCAAUAGCAAUAAUAACGCUUCAGUCCAUGAAGUCAAAGCAGGUGCAGUUAAUAACCAAAGCAGGCCACAAAGCCACAGCAGUGGAGAAUUCAGUCUGCUUCAUGAUCAUGAGACUUGGUCCAGCAGUGGUAGCAGUCCAAUCCAGUAUUUGAAAAGACAGACCAGGUCAAGCCCUGUGCUCCAGCACAAAAUGUCUGAAACAGCAGAGAGUCGAGCACAUCACAGGAUUAAAGCUGGCUCCCCUGGAAGUGAAGUUGUUACUCUACAACAGUUCUUGGAAGAAAGCAACAAGCUUACCUCAGUACAGUUGAAGUCCUCGAGUCAAGAGAAUCUUCUAGAUGAAGUAAUGAAAAGUUUGUCUGUCUCUUCUGACUUUCUGGGGAAAGACAAGCCAGUUAGCUGUGCCCUAGCCAGGUCAGUAAGUGGAAAAACUCCAGGGGACUUCUAUGAUAAAUGGACAACUAAACCUGACUUUUUGAGAACUGGUCCUCGAAAGACUGAAGAUGCCUACUCCAUUAGCUCUGCAGGGAAACCUACACCAAGCACUCAAGGAAAACUGAAGCUGGUAAAAGAAACGUCUGCGUCAAGACAAUCAAAAGACAGCAACCCUUAUGCCACUUUACCUCGCGCAAGCAGUGUGAUCUCUACUGCUGAAGGGACGACACGAAGGACAAGCAUCCACGACUUUUUGAGCAAGGACAGUAGAGUACCUGUGCCAGCCGAUCCAGCACCUCCUGCUGACAGCAGCACCACUGCCGCAUCUAAUGUGGACAAAGUGCAAGAAAGCAGGAGCUCCAAAAGCAGGUGUGGGGAGCAGCAAAGCUCCUGAGUGACCCACAUGUGGGCCAAGUGAGAGAAAAGUGUCCUUCAGUUUCUCAGUAUGAAGACUUUAUUACUGAAGUAACAAGACACCUAGGAACUAUGUAAAAAAAAAAAAAAAUUAAGGAGAUUUUAACACAUCCCUUCGUGAAUAGAUCAGGCAAGAAAUACAAACUUCAUUCUUCCUUGAAUCAAGGAGCACUACUGGAUUCAACUGUCGAAAGCUAUAGAAGGUUUUAGGACCCUGUACAGUGCAUUAAGCUCUACUGAAUAAAGGACGUUCUCUCACUAAGGACCGAGUGUUUUAAGGUCAAGUAUUCUAAGAACAGCCUACUUCUUUCAGCAUUUGUUUAUUAAUUUAUCCAUGUUUGCUUACUGCUUCUGCUAAGUAUUACCCAAAAGCUACCCAUUUAUAUUUAGUUGUGUAAAUCUCAAUUAAGUGCUGUAGUAUUUUGUGGAAUGUACUAUGUAUCAAGAUACAGAGAAAAUUGUUCGGGCAUGUCAGAGCCUUUUUUCAUUAGCAGACUGCAUGUGUUGGUACGCUGGUUAUUGUUUUGUUUUUAGAGCCAAUUGUUUGAUGCACUGCAAAGGAAACUCAAUUCAUAAGACAUGCAGAAAAUUCCAUAAUAAGAUAUCAGAGUUAUAAAAAUUGUAUGAUAUUAAUCUUACUACUUUCCCUGAUAAGCUGCACUAGGUAUUUCUAAAUGGAUCCAAGAUAAAAUCAUUUUUCUGGAAUUUUUUUUUUUUUUUUAGUGAGAUGGUUUUUCAGCAACAUUUACAAGAUAAAGCAAUUGUGUUUUUAACUCAUUUUCCUCCUUUGCUAUUGGGUUAUGUGUGUGUGUUUUUUUUAAACAUGAGAGCUGAUUAUUGCUUAAGAAGUUUUCUUAUGGCAAAAUAAUGUAAAUAACUACUAAGAUCUACAUUUUUUUCAGGAACUCAUUGACUAUUAAGGUUGUCAUUUAUUACUAAGAAUUUUUGUUUUUGUCCUUUAUAAUAUAUUAAACUUGGUAACUAUUAUAGGUAAUUUUGAAAUAUUUGUAUCUGUUUGUUACCUUAAACAUUUGAAAAAAGCACAAAAAUAGAUUUAGUUAACCCAGAGAAACACCAGUUUUUUAGUCGUAACAAUUUUAUAUCAGUUUUAUUUUCUUAUAAAGUCUAAAAUGCAUUGCUACUCAUUAAGGCAAGUUCAUUAUUUAACAUAAAAACCAGAAUAUCUUUUGAAAUGAAAAAUACUAUUUUUAUUUUAACAGUAUACUUCUUAAGCUCUUAUUACCAGCUCUAAAGAACUUUUUGAAUAAUUACACAUUCCAUAAUGUGUGUUUUACAAACUGUAUCAUCACUAACCCAGUAGCUGUGACAAAGUAUCUUUUCUUUUCCCUCCUCCUCCUUCUCCUCUUUUUGUUUCUCUCCCCAACUCUGUCUGUAAUAAGCCACUAGCAGGUUGUGUUUAUAGUGACCUUUGGAAAGACUAUCAAUUAAAAAAAAAGACAGAAAAUGUUCAGUUGAUCAGAAAUUGAAAGUUAGAAAACUUGGAUUUAUUUAACUCAGUGCUACCAGAAAAUAAUGCUCUGAAAUUAAAUUACUUUGAAACUCUUGAAUGAAAGGUGCUAUUUAGAUGUAAAUACAAAGGAUUUUUACUGAAACACAAUGUUGCACAACAGAAAUACUAGGAAUCCAUUCUCUAGACUUUGAAGUAUCUCUUCAUCAUGACUCCUUGGGUUCAAGUAUCAAAAUGGCAGUCUAGAGACACUUGCAUGUAAAGACUUAUAUAAAUUCACUUUUGAUUGAGUUGAGAAGUGUAGAAUUAUGUUUUAACUUAAUAUAGUAAGUGGGUAAGUUAGAAUAUAUUAACAGCAUCCAAUUUGCACAAUUAGCACACAUCCCAGGACAAUUAAUGAGUGUGAGGUGGCAUAAUGAGGGUGAGUGAUAAUACAGUCUGACCUCUCUGUGACAUCAGUAUCCUAAAACAGAGCCUGCUGAGUUAGCCGGCACCCAGCACUUCAACUGAGUGCCUGUGAUUUAUUAAACUGGAGUAGGCUGGCCCUGAAGAGAAAAAAGAAAAAAACCAAGGGAGUACAAUAAGACUAUUAAAAUAUGCUCAGUCAAAUUCAUUGCUUCCUCAUACCAUUUCAAGAAAGGACUAGAUAACCACCUCAUUUUUACUUCAGAAGCAGUCUUUGUAGGAAGCUAAGCCAAAUGGAAAUGAACCCAAACCCACCUUUAGAUUCUAUUCCUAAAGCAGCUCCUAAACGUCUAAAAACACUUAAAAAAUCAGAAUAACAGCAUCAGCUCAGAGCUCUAAUAAUACGCCUCCUAGCUGGCUAUGGAAAUGUUUUGGUCCAAGUUUUUCUGAGUUGGUGGUUACCAAAGAAUGAGACAAGUUCAUGUGUAGCACCUUCCAUGCAAGGCGUGUUAAAAAUCACUGUGUGUACUGUAGAGCUGUAGCCACCUCACAAAUGGAGUACCACAGCCUGUACUGUCUUAACAGUUUAUGUCAGGAAGUAAAAUCCAUAUUGUACCAAAUCUGGAACUAUAAUGGGGAAUUGUGUAUUCUGAAUUACUUUUGUACUUUAAGUUACUUUUUAUGAGAAAAGUGAAUUGUCUUUCUUUUUAGCUGUUUGUCCUGAGAUGUAUUUUUUUCUUUAAGUCUUGAAUAUGAAUAAUACAAAAAGAGCCCAUUUUAUAAUAUAAAAUUUGAUGUACACGUUAAGCUAUUUGGACAGUGAAAAUGCCUUAAAAGGAAUGCUUAAUGGAUAAUGUUGCACUUCUAACAUCCUUUGACAAAACCUGAUUUUAAAUUGUCUUUUUCAUUUCUACUAGGUUUUUUUUUUUUUUUUUAGUGUUUGCCAUUGUACUCACAACUGUUAUUAAAUACCAAAUCAAAUCAUAUAAAAUGUUGUAACAUUUCCUUUAAAAUUAAUGCUAAGUUAGGUAGGCUUGAAUGGCAAAACGAUUUUACUUAGUGGUACCUAAUAUGUCAAUCAACAGAAUUCCAUGCAUGGCAAGAUACCAUUGUUUGAAUUGUCUUUUACAGUUACUUUUUUUUUAUUCCCCUUAAAAAAUAUAGAUGUUGGAUUAACUAAUAUAAAAAGAAAUAAA